GUGUCACCUUGCAGCGGUUGGGAACACGCCCACUUUCAUACAGGGCUGAAAUAUAAACAAUGUGAGUUCCUCCUUCAGCUCUGUAGAUCUCUGGUUUGGUUUCCACUGCUGUUUGAACAGAAGAUCACGGAUUUUCAGGAAAUCUGAGCUGUGUGUUCAGUGGGGGCGUUGAAGAUGCCGUUCCUCCUGCCGCUCCUUGCCCUCCUCCUCCUGUCUGCUGCUCCCACAGUAACUGAAGUGGUGACAUCGAUGUCGGUCUGUAACGCAUACUUUCUUAACCAAGUUCCACCACAGAUCAGGGGAAUCUUGGAGGGAGGGAUCAUCCUGGACCAGAACAGAUACAAGACCAUUUGCCAGACCUUGAGGAACGAUGAAAGAUUUGUGACACUCUACGACACCACCAACAAGAUCCCAGUGUUCUCUGCUUACAAGUACACUGGGAAACCAGAGGGACCAAGACAACAACAGUGGAAGAUAGAGCCACAGCUUGAGGAAAUAACCUUGAAUAAAAACAUGGAGCUUGAAGACAAAAGCAAGAGCUACACUCACCAGGCCGAUACGAGAGAUUACGUAAACAACCUAGGAUUCGAAAAAGGACAUUUAUUACCACAAUCCUAUGGUUUGGACAUAAUUGUAAAAAGAGCUACCUUUACCCUGACCAACAGUGUUCCUCAAGUAAAAUCAUUUAAUGAUGGAAGCUGGACUAACGUGGAGAAAUGCGUUCAAUGUGUCCUUGAUAAAUACUGCAAGGACGCAAAUGUCCAAACUGAAGGCUUUGUGGUGAUCGGAGCACGGCCUGGCAACAACUUCCUCAACAACAAGGUUAAUAUCCCCUCCAUGCUCUGGUCAGCUUUCUGCUGCUACAGCAGCAGUGAGGGGGCGUGGUUAGCAGGGGCACACUGGGGUGACAACAUUGAAGAUGGAGGUCGAGUGCUUCAGACCAAGACCUUGGACGAACUCCAUCGAGAACUGGGAGCACCAUCUGAAGCAUUCCCUGGAACAAACUGUCCACUCGACACCACUGUCACCCACCUUUACCCUUCUCUCAGUAAUAACUGUAAGUGCCCUAGACCUGUUUCAACAUCUGUAUCUCCAUAACCUGGUCCUCUUACUACCACAUCUGGCCCUGUCACUACCACAUACCAGAGUAACAACUAGCAGGAGGUUUGGGCUCAAAUAUAUAAACAGAAUAUAAAGAUCAUUAACCCAAUCAAGCAGUGAAGAAACAACGACCACUAACUUUUCUAUGUUACUAACAUAUAAGAGAAAUUUACCUUUUUCUCCUGUUCCAAUUGAUUACUUGAGUUUUAACAUUGUUGUGAUGUGAUCUUAAGAAUAGUAUGAGAAUGUCCGACCCUACCUUGAAUAACAUUUUGAAACUAACAAUUUAACAGCACUUAAAUGUCACUUACUUAUAGCACUUUGUAGUUUAGCUUUUUUUGAAAAAAAAUAUUUUCUUGAUUCUUGUUGUUGUGGGUUUGUACCCUCAUGGUUGAUGCACUUAUUGUGAGUUGCUUUGGAUAAAAGCUUCAGCUAAAUAAAAUAUAAAGUAAAGAAUCUAUUCUUUGCAGCAUCCUGUGUUUUUUCAAUGCAGCUCAUAUUACUCUAAACCAAUCUUUAAAUGCGAUAUCAUUCUGUUCUCUGAUAUUUUAGUAAUUUGUUGUUUAAAAAUGUACGGCUUCUUCAUGUAACUUUGAUUUCCAUUAAAGACUGUGACUAGAUUAAA